AUGGAAUUGAAAAUAAAAAGAUACGCAGCGAUUAAUUCAGAAACCGCGGGGCCAUUCCUCUCGCACAAGGCCGAGCCAAAGGCCCAUUUGGCCUAUUGUGCUCCCAGGUGCAAGGCCCAGAAGCAGAACCCUGACCUUGGAGGCCUGCUGCUCGGCAGGUCGAGCGGGCGGCCGCGGCGUCUCUCCGCCGACGAGCAGGGCGGUCAGGAUGUCCAACCAACAAGGCUCUCGCUGGCCUGUGCUACAACAAAAAAGAGAGAGGAUGAUAACAGAAUGGCGGGCCACAAUGAAUCAGCCAUCUGGGAUGAAGUUCAGGAAGAAGCUGAUGAGCUAGCCCAUGUGCAUAAAGAUCCUCAUGCUCAUAGUGUCUCACUCCUAUCUGCUGGAACAAGCAAAAGGAGCAAAUGUGAAAAUAAGCUCAAAUUUUCAAUACGUGGAUUCAAUUCUAUUCUGUCAGGCGUAAAGAGUGAAAACUCGUAUGCUGGGGAACAAGAAGUUUUGUCAGGAAUGCGACCAGCUAAAGCUAUAGAAACUAUGAUGGCUGAGCAGUUCGAAAAUAUCGAUGAAGAAACUGAAACUGAAGAAUUGCCCCCAGAUUUUGCCCAUCCAACCAAGAAUGCAAACAUUUCAGUUGCUGAACUUCUUGAAGAUCUACAGGAUAGAAGUGCCUCAUCUGUUAGAACACCAUUUUCGAUUCAUCAACAAACCGAAGCUAAGGAAGGGAAGCCAAAAGUUUCGACUUCAGGGAAGAAAAUACUAGCACUUCUAGGUCAGAGGGAUCUUGACAGUGAAGAGCACUCAGAGCAUGCUAUUGGUGAAACGUCUAGUGAGGAUGAAGCGGAAGAUACUGUUCGAAACAACUUGACUAUGGUGAACAAAGAUGUGAAGGGAAACCGAAAAACUAUGUCUGACCUAUUCCAAGAAGCUUUCACUGCAACAGAUAUGGAGGGUACUGCACUCCCCAUGAGAUCAACCGGAGCUGGUUAUUAUGGAAGGAUGCAACAGAUUAUGCAGAUGGAGAAAGAUAGGCAUGCUGAGUUCUCGAGGCAGUAUAACAGAGCGCGAGAUUAUUUAGGUGAUUCAAAGGGAGUUACUGUUCAAAUUUUGUCAAGGUCCUUGGAAGGAAAACUAACAGUCUGCCUCUGCCUGUUGAAAGAAAAGAGUAACUUUGGUCCGGAGAAUGAUGCCCAGAUGGGUCUAAGCAACCGCAGAAUUCAGGAAUUUGACAACUCCCUUACCUCAACAGGAAAGAAGUGA